CCGGCGUGUGCUUUUCCUUUCUCGCUCGCUCACUCGCUAUGGCCGCUGCGGGUCUGUCAGAUGAAAAACUGCGGGCGGAGUUGCUGGCCCUCGGUUACCAGCCGGGCCCGAUUACUGAUUCCACCCGCAAACUCUACGCCAAGAAGCUCACCCGCCUGAGGGCUGAGGUGGCCGCUGGGCUAAGGAGUCGCGGCAGUAGCCGAGCGCAGCCUCAAGGCCCGAACAGCCUUUCCAGGCCGAAAGCGGCCGCCGGUGGCCGCCCCAAAGCGACUGCCCCGGUUAGGAGAGAGGAGGAGGAGGAGGACGAAGAGGGGGAGGAAGAGGAGGAGGAGAGCGACAACGAGCCGCUCGGCAUGGGGGCGGCGUUAGGGGGGCGAGGGACGACUGCGAGAAAUCACUGGGAUACAAAAGAGCCUGGGGUGAUCCCCGGGAAAGCCCCGUUGACGAGCGGGGAAAGGGGGAUCCCUAGCAGCGGCCCCUGGGGAGGGAGUCCUGGGCUCCCCUCCCGGAGGACCCGGUUGGAGGCAGGAGCGGGGUUGCCAUCCCCGUUUCAAAGGGAUGCAGCGGCCGUCGGGAGCUUCACGUCGAGGCCCUAUUGGGCUGCAGCCCCCACAGAAGGAGGGCUAGGCUCGGGCUCGAGCAAGUGGUGGGAGAGGGAGCCCAGCACGAGUCCCGGCGCUUCUUGGGACUUCGGAACAGGAAGCAACAACCUAGCGGUCAGUAACCGGACCUACUUGGGGACCGAAAGCGGAGCGAGCCCCAGCUCCUCCUCCUCCUCCUAUAUGGGUUCAGGAAUAGGAGUUGCUGGAGAGCGGUUAAGCUACAGAUCUCCGUGGAGAGCAGAGAAAGAGGAAGGGUUGGCCUCCAGAAGUUCCAGAUCUGUGUGGGAGACCGGGGCAGAGUUGGGUCGGGGCACACGCUGGGAUGGGACGCAUCAGCCUGUGGGUUUGAAAUCUCAAGCACAAGGUAGAGGAAGAAAGGGCAGAGGGUUAGAAUUUUAUCUCUCCUGGUUCCUGUGGUUGGCAACAUUAGUGCUGUUGGUAAUUUUCCUGGGAAUCCUUUGGGUGAAGAUGAUGGGACCUGCCCAGCUGGAAGGCCCUGAAGAGAACUUUUUGUUGCCCGUGGAUUGUGAAAAAAGUACAGAUAGUUAUUGUCGGGCAAAACAAGAAGAGGUUGUAAUGACUAUUCUGUAUGAGUUAUACAACUAUCUCGCAAUUCAAGCUGGAAGUUUUGAAUGUGGAAACCCACAGAAUCUAGAAAGUAAAUGUGUUCCAGUUAGUGAGGCGAAGGCAUAUACAGAGAAUGUGACUGGCUAUUCUGCAGAAAAAUUUAUGGAUUCAUUGCAGUGGUUAUUGGACAAUCCAAAGAACUCCGGAAUAUGGUUACAAGGUGAUGAGCCUUCAGAACCAAUUUUGACUGCAAGCCAGGUGGUUUGUCUUGAGUCAACCCGUCCCCGGAUGAGCUUAGGUUGCCGUUUCCACCGGGCACUAAGCACAGCCAUUACAAACCUAUUUAUAUUUUUUUGGAGUUUAGCUUUUCUUUGGGCAAUUCUGAUUCUUCUGAAGUAUUACUGGCGGAAAAGAGAAGAAGAGGAACAAGCCAUGUAUAAAAUGGUGCAGAAAAUCAUAGCUGCUGUCCAGGGUCAUUAUAAAGAAUGGGAGCAGAAAUUGGAGCGGUACCCUUACGUCGGUAUCCUGCACAUCAGGGAUACACUUAUUCCACCACAGGAUAGGAAAAAAAUGAAGAGAGUUUGGGACCGAGCAGUGGAUUUCCUUGCUUCCAAUGAGUCACGGAUGCAGACUGAGUCACAUAGGGUAGCAGGAGAAGACAUGCUGGUGUGGCGUUGGACGCAGCCUUCUUAUCUCUCUGAUUCUGAUAAUUAGCCCUCAGCCAAGGCUAUGCUGAUGUUUUUAUACUGUGCAGGACAGUACAUCCCCUUCUUGUUAAGGAAUAUCUUGUGGUCUAUACUCAGGUGUACCCUGACACUGCCGUCCAUGUAUCCAAGAGAAAUGGAAUGACCUUCAAGGGUAAUGAUUUUCUGUAUGGAGUAUAAAAGCUUUGAUGUGCAGGGACACAUCAAAGCUACUUUUCUGACAUAUAUUUGGCUUCUGUGGUGCAGCGUUUGAAAAGCGUAUGGCUUGCCUAAAUGAAAAAUUCCAUUGGUUGUUUCACUCUGAUAUUGUGAAAGACAGUGCAUAAUCUUCCCCUCAGAAUGUCAAUGCAAAAACCACUAAAGGAUAAUUUUAAAGAGAGGCUUUUUUUGUUAUGGAAGUGCCCUGGCUAGGAAGAGGAAGCAGAUGUGAAAAGUGUAUUUAUGCUUCCAAAGAGACCAGGAAUCCCAUCUGCUUCUAGAGUACCAGCAUCUGCAUGUAAGGGGACAUGUGGGACUGAGAGGGCUAGUUCAUGUGCCUUUGGAGACAAGUUGAGUAAAGUGGGUGGAGUUUAUAGCAAAUUGCAGGUAUUAUGUUUUUUGUCUAGACAGUGAUACGAUUAUAUUAGCUCAGAGAACUUUUUGUUAGCUCAGAAAAUGUAACUGAGCGCACUUUUGUGAAAAAAACUUGGAAAGCAUACAAUUAAAUGACAUCCCUGUAUUUAUGAAUGGCUGUAUUUCAAUGUUGUAUGCAGUUAUAAAAAGCAGUUAGGGUGCCUACAAUGUUUGAUGACAAAACAAAAUGGUUUCACUGUUCAGUAUUUAGCAAUACUGCAAUGGAUUGCAGGCCGUUGUCUAGCAAUACAGAAACUUGGUUUGUGCAUAUACUGUCUUAAUCAUUCCAUGUCCAUCUUCUCACCAAUUUGUUUUGGCAAAACUGCUCCGAGAUAGCAUGUAGUAAAACUCCAUGGACCUCUGCUGCAGCAUCAUAAACACUGGGGCACUUGCAUGACAACGUAGCACUCCAAAUUUGGCUGUACACUUUUCACCUGGUCAUAGUGAACUUAGCCCUCUGUCCAAUGGAUUUAGGUAGAGUAUAUAUGAAUUCAUAAUAUAUGCACACAUGAACUGCUUGAGGCAAACUUGGUUAUGCAACCUUUUGACACUGGUUUUUCCUGAACUGGCUUAUUUAUUUUGAUCGAGUAGUGGUCUAAACUUGAAUUUUGCCCUUCUGCUCCCCCUGCUGGCAGUAUUAAAACAUUGAUGGAUUGGAGUUUUUGCCAGCUGUCCUUUGAGGCUGUCUCAGCAGCAGAUAGCAGGCAAUUCAUUAUAUGCCUCCUGCUGGUUAAUCAGCUGAAAUGGGUGGAAAGAAAUGCAGCUUUU